AUGUCAGCACAAAACUCGGCAGGUAUUCAAACUCUGCUUGAUGCUGAGCGAGAGGCGUCCAAGAUUGUGCAGAAAGCUCGUGAAUUCCGCACAAAGCGAGUCAAGGAAGCCCGCGACGAAGCAAAGAAGGAGAUUUCAGACUACAAAUCGAAGAAGGACGAUGAAUUUAAGAAAUUUGAGGCAGAGCAUUCACAGGGAAACAAGGCUGCCGAAGACGACGCGAGCAAGGAUGCCGACAAACAAAUCAAGGACAUAACAGCGGCCGGACAGAAGAACCAGGCAGGUGUUGUUAAGAACUUGCUUUCAGCUGUAUUUGAUGUCAAGCCCGUUCCCCCCUCGGCGGCAUAA